CCCGCGGUCCCGCAGCACCCUCUGGCCGACUCCGCGAAGGCUAGGGCUUGGACGGACGGCGCACCGUGCGCAGGCGCGGAGUUAGACCUCGCCGUAGCCCCCGUCGCCCCGGGGAGUCUCAUCCACAGUGGGUCCGCCGGCCCAUCGGGGCGCUUUCCCUCCUCUACCCUCCCGGGUUCCCCGCGCGCCCCACGCGCCCCGAUGGCGGAGCUGCGGCCUAGCGUCGCCCCCGGCCCCGCCGCGCCCCCGGCCCCCGGCCCUAGUGCCCCUCCGGCCUUUGCCUCACUCUUUCCCCCGGGACUGCACGCCAUCUACGGAGAGUGCCGCCGCCUUUACCCUGACCAGCCGAACCCGCUCCAGGUCACCGCUAUCGUCAAGUACUGGUUGGGUGGUCCAGACCCCUUGGAUUAUGUUAGCAUGUACAGGAAUAUGGGGAGUCCUUCCGCCAACAUCCCUGAGCACUGGCACUACAUCAGCUUCGGCCUGAGCGACCUCUAUGGUGACAGCAGAGUCCAUGAGUUUACAGGAACAGAUGGACCGAGUGGCUUUGGCUUUGAAUUGACAUUUCGUCUGAAGAGAGAAACUGGGGAGUCUGCCCCACCAACAUGGCCAGCGGAGCUGAUGCAAGGCCUGGCGCGAUACGUCUUCCAGUCAGGGCCAUGUCAGCCUUACAGUUGCAGAAGACAACAUGGAGAAGAGAACACCUUCUGCAGCGGGGACCACGUGUCUUGGCACAGCCCCUUGGAUAACAGUGAGUCAAGAAUCCAGCACAUGCUGCUGACCGAGGACCCCCAGAUGCAGCCUGUACAGACCCCGUUUGGGGUGGUGACCUUCCUCCAGAUUGUCGGGGUCUGCACUGAGGAGCUGCACUCGGCCCAACAGUGGAACGGGCAGGGCAUCCUGGAGCUGCUGAGAACAGUGCCUGUGGCUGGUGGUCCCUGGCUGAUAACUGACAUGCGGAGGGGAGAAACCAUAUUUGAGAUCGAUCCACACCUGCAACAGGAGAGAGUUGACAAAGGCAUCGAGACUGACGGAUCUAACCUGAGCGGUGUCAGUGCCAAGUGUGCCUGGGACGACCUGAGCCGACCUCCCGAGGACGAUGAGGAUAGCCGGAGCAUCUGCAUUGGCACGCAGCCCCGGAGGCUCUCUGGCAAAGACACAGAGCAGAUCCGGGAGACCCUGAGGCGAGGACUGGAGAUCAACAGCAAACCUGUCCUUCCACCAAUCAACACUCAGCGACAGAACGGCCUCACCCACGACCGGCCUCCGAGCCGCAAAGACAGCUUGGAGAGUGACAGUUCCACGGCCCUUGUCCCCCACGAGCUGAUCCGCACUCGGCAGCUGGAGAGCGUCCAUCUGAAAUUUAACCAGGAGUCAGGGGCCCUCAUUCCCCUCUGCCUCAGGGGCAGACUCCUGCAUGGCCGGCACUUCACCUAUAAGAGUAUCACAGGUGACAUGGCCAUCACCUUCGUGUCCACGGGAGUGGAAGGCGCCUUUGCCACUGAGGAGCACCCUUACGCAGCUCAUGGACCCUGGUUACAGAUUCUGUUGACGGAAGAGUUUGUAGAGAAAAUGUUGGAAGACUUGGAGGAUCUGACUUCUCCAGAGGAAUUUAAACUGCCCAGAGAGUACAGCUGGCCCGAAAAGAAGCUCAAAGUCUCCAUCCUCCCUGAUGUGGUGUUCGACAGUCCGCUGCACUAGCCUGGGCUAGGCCCUGCAGGGGCCAGGAGGGGCUCAGCGCCCCCCAGUGACUUCAGUGGGACAGCUGUGUAAAGGACGAGUGUGAGGAGGACCGCCGAGCGCUGCACCCGCCCCAGGCCCCACCUCACCUCCAGCUCAGGGGCCUCACUCCCAGCUGCCAAGCCCACGUGACCGGCCUCUGUCCUACACGCCAGUGGGUGAGUGAGGCUGCACCUGCAAACCUCCCCACCCACCUGCUGCUGCCGCCGCAGGUUCAACUGAUGUGCUCCGAGGAAGAGACAGCCGUGCCAGACGGCCAGGUGUGCCGGGCACACACGCGGACGCACUGCCCAGUUCAACCCCAGCAGCCUUUGCGAACGCAGUCAGGCUGCUCCAGCCUGUGGAACGAUUGCUCCCGUCACGGUUGUUGUUCCUUCCUUAGUUUGUUGUGGAAACCCGACGGUCUUUUUACUGCUCAGCAAAGAUGGUCCAGAAGCCAUGUCUAUAGUGGAUUUUAAACAGGACUUUAUUUAGAUGAACUUUGUCAUUCUCUUAGACGGGGGUCUGGGGGCUCUGCCUCCCCCACACCCUCUGCCCAAGAAGGUGCCUGGUGCUGUCUGUCAGCUCUGAGCCCUGGAGGAGCCUGAGCUAGGGAACAGCCUGGGGGCCAGAUAUGCUAUGGCCUAGAUGGGUGCCACUGCCUUCCAAAUGAACUAGGCUUCCACGAGGCUCUGAGGACAGUAGGCACUCAAGGACAUGGUGGCCCCAGCUUUGUCUUCCAGCCCUUUCUGCCCAACCAGGCCUGCCAAGGAGAGGGUAAAGCCCACUGCCCCUCAUCCUGCUCCUCAGGGCCUCCAGCGCUUUGAUUUCCCCCGUCCCCUGGAUUCGCAGCCCCGCUGGGCUGUAAGGACUUUAGCUUAUUAAAAACUGAACCGUCAA